AGGACGGGUGGGGAGAUAAUUUGUGAACCAGCAAGCAGCUCUGAAUACAAAUUAACAUGGACACCUGGGUUUAUUACCUUUAACUGUGGCAAUCGAUCUUUUGCACAAAUGGGUCAGUUAACGGCCUUGCAUCCAUCUUGGUGCCUUCCCUGUGGUCCACUUUUACACUGCAAGCUCUUUGGGUCAGAGACUGGUCUCUUUCUCAUGGGGAGCCGCAUUAUAAUGAGCCAGACCAUUGGCCCAUCUAGCUCCGUAUUGUCUACAACUGGCUGGUAGACAACUGGCAUUUGAAGAAGGGGUUUCUCACAGCUGUAUCUGGAGAUUCAGGGGACCGAUCUUGGGACCUUUGGCAUUCAAGGUAGAUGCUAUAGUACCGAGCUGCAGCCCUUCCCCUAAUAUGGAGUGGCCCAGCUUCUCUCCCCCCCCCCCUCUUUGAAGGUCACUCUCAGUUGUGCUCCAAGGUGGAAUAUGGCUAGGGCCACAGAAGGGGAAAAGACCACCCCAAACCUAAAUGAAGGAAUGUUUCCUUUUUCAUACCUGGGGUGCUCGGCUGGGCACACACCUACACACCCCCUGAAGUGGCAAAGUCAGCCUCUGCCUUGAGCUAGAUUAAGAACUUUGAGAACUUAAAGAAGAAAAGUCGCUUGAUCCAGGGACAGUCCACAUAUAUAUAUUGGCCCAUUCCUACCUAUUUUUCUUAAUGGUGACUUGGACCAUUCAUAAUAUAAAAAUAUUCUUAACAACUGUAAGCAGGGCAGUGAGGUGGGGUAAGUGAAGACAAGCUACAACAAUUAACAAUAACGUUCACUGCUCCUGCUCAGGCUGCACAGAAAAAGCCUUUUGGUUCCUGGAAUUCAUUCUGAUUGUGCAGAUAAAAUAUAACUGAUAGAUUUCUACACAGGAUGUGGCAUUAGUGUGUGAAAACAGUCAAGAUCCAAUGAUCCCCAGGCAUGCACCUAAGCAAUUGUGUAGUCUUCUACAAUUUCCCCUUCCAACUGCAAGUUCUCAGGCUUCAGCAAAUCCUGUUCAGGGGAGUGACAUGGAGGAAGAAGCAUUGUCCUUUGGAUCCAUCACCACGUUUUAAAUAUAAUAAAAAGGUCUCUACAUAAAUAUUCAACAUUAUAUUCACUCCCAGAGGAGUUACUUUGCAAGAAUAAUAGUUGAUGAUAACAAUCUGCACAAUAUAUAUCUGAAUAAGUUCAAAGUAACUGAGCCAGUUAUUAAAUCAUUUCAAGUUAAUGUCUGGAUCAGAACUGAACAGGACAAGAGGGAAGAAAUACUGCUAAACAUUUAGGUUCAGUUCCAUGUUAGGGUUAGGUCUCAGCUAUGCCAGUUUCAAAAUGAAAUCAAACCACACACUUCAGCGAAAAAAAUUUCUGCUGCUGCGCUGCUAUGUGAAUCAGCUGGCUCGCAGAAGAAGAAGACUGCUCUUUUGCUAAAGUGCUAUGGUGCGAGCAUGGCAGCAAAAAAAAACCCUGCUAUGUGCCAGCCAGCCAGAUGGUGGAGAUGUCAGGUGCCACCUGGCGCACAGGUCGCAAGUGACCAAUAGCCAGGUGCAAAAUGCACCUCCUAGUGCCUGGUGAGUUUUGAUCGCUGGCAGGAGCAGGGACAGAAGGCUGAGUAGAUGGGUAUAGGAUUGUGUUCUGAUAUCAUAGGAUGAAGCAAUGACCACCAACUCGGCCAGCUUAAAAGGUGCAGAGAUAAAUUCAAAAUGCACAAGGCUACUAGCCAUGAUGGCUAUAUGUUCCCUCCACUGUCGGUGGCAGGAUGCAUUUCUGUAGGCUGCUUGCCAGGAAUCAUCAGCUGUUGUGCUUGGAUCCUGUUUGUGGGCUUCCCACAGGGAUAUCUGGCUGCCCACUGCGACAACAGGAUGCUGGACUAGAUGAUCCUUUAGCCUUAUCUGACAACCAGGCUCUUCUUGCAUUCUUGAUUGCUUGAUUGCCAAAUUGCUACCCUAUUGUGGCUAUUAUGUGCCUGUGACAGGUGUGUGGAAAAACCUUGUAGCACCGCACUGGAAAUAGGGGAGGCCUCUCCAGUUGCUACUUUCAACCCUUUCGCACGGCUGACUGACAUGAGGCAUUGCGUCCCGAUCACCCCCAUGCCUGAGAUUCUCAGGAGGAGGUCCAUCUCUCUCCCCCGUCUCCGGAGGGCAAGGAGUCAGAACCCUUGCAGGGUCUGUGCCACUUGGGUGAUCCACGUGUGGCUCCAGAGGUGGUGAGCAUCCUGGGCAACAGGGUUUGAAAACCUGAGCGCAUUGCACGGUCCCCGGACACGGGGACCCCCUGGCUCUGUGCCACAGACCUCUAAGGACCCUCCUGCCGCUGCAGGCUGCUGUUCUUCAGGAUCAGAGCUGCUGGCUGUGGUGCUCACAUCUCUCGUUUGUUCCAAGCCACCAGCGGGUGUCCCCUCCUCCCCCUCCAUCUCCUCUUUCAAGAGAGAGGAGGAGCGAUGCAGUUUGAACAGCCCAGACAGAGUACAGUUUUGAGCGAGCUUAGCCAGUUAACUUCCUGCUCUGCGAGUUGGAUGUUCCGAGCUGAGCAAGCCUGAAGCGUUGGUCCGUCUGCCUGCCUCUCUCCUUUUUGUUCUCCGGAGAGAGCCUCAUCCAUCCAUUCAUCCCUUGUGCUGGUCCUUUUUUGGUUCUGAUUCCCCACCCCAAACCCCGUUGCUUUUCAUGCCCAAAACGCCCCCCAGCAAUUCACCUAGCGGGAGACCCAGUCGGGGAUUGAUUUGGGGGUCGUUUGGCCUCAGUCUUGGAUUAUGUCUCGGAUAGAGUCGUUGGCCAGAUCGAGAAGUGAUCGUGCAAAGGAGGUCGCCUUGAAGAACAAAGAGAAAGAAAGGAUGAAGGAGAGCAAAGAUGCCCGCUACACCAAUGGGCACCUCUUCACCUCCAUCACCGUCUCAGGCAUGACCAUGUGCUAUGCCUGCAACAAGAGCAUCACUGCCAAGGAGGCACUGAUUUGUCCCACCUGCAAUGUCACCAUUCACAACCGCUGCAAAGAUACUCUGCCCAACUGCACUAAAGUCAAGCAGAAGCAGCAAAAGGCAGCCUUGCUGAAGAACAAUUCAGCCCUGCAGACGGUGUCCCUGAGGAACAAAACCACCAUCAGGGAGCGCCCCAAUUCUGCCAUCUACCCCUCUGAGAGCUUCCGCCAGACCCUGCUGGGGUCUCGCCGGGGUCGCCCCACCUUGUCUCUUUCCAAAAGCGUCUCCACCACUAACAUUGCAGGGAAUUUCAACGAUGAAUCUCCUCUUGGCCUCCGGAGGAUCCUGUCCCAGUCCACUGACUCCUUGAAUAUGCGCAAUCGGACCCUCUCGGUCGAGUCCCUCAUCGACGAAGGGGCCGAAGUCAUAUACAACCAGCUGAUGAGCGAAUUUGAGACUGGUGAGAAGGAUUUUGAGGCUGAUUCUUGGAGCCUGGCAGUUGACAAUAACUACUUGCAGCAGCACAAAAAGGAGGUCAUGAAGCGCCAAGAUGUCAUCUACGAGUUGAUCCAGACAGAGCUCCACCACGUGCAAACGCUGAAGAUCAUGACCAACCUCUUCCGCAAGGGCAUGCUGGAGGACCUCCAGAUGGAUGUGGCCCUGGUGCAGAGCAUGUUCCCCUGCGUGGAUGAGCUCAGCGACAUCCACGACCGCUUCCUCGUCCAGCUCCUGGAGCGCCGCAAGGAGUCCCUGGCCGCCGACAGCAACAAGAACUUCGUCAUCAACCGACUGGGGGACAUCCUCAUCCAACAGUUUUCAGGCAGCAGCGCCGAGCAGAUGAAGAAGGCCUACUCUGAGUUCUGCAGCCGCCACACUAAGGCCGUGAAGCUUUACAAGGAGCUCUUUGCACGGGACAAGCGGUUCCAGCAGUUCAUCCGGAGGCUGACACGGUCGACGGUGCUGAGGCGGCACGGGGUUCAAGAGUGCAUCCUUCUGGUGACCCAGCGCAUCACCAAGUACCCCGGGCUCAUCGACCGGAUCCUGCAGAACUCCAAAGGGAACGAAGCGGACCAGCAGGACCUGAGCACCUCCCUGACUCUGAUCAAGGAACUCAUUUCCACCGUCGACCAGGAAGUGCAUGACUAUGAGAAGAAUGCGCGGCUGCAGGAGAUUUACGGGCGGGUAGAUGGGCGCGCCAAGGCCCACCUUCCCUGGGAGCACGGCCCCUUCUGCAAAGAGGAGAUGCUGCGGCGCAAGCUGGUACACGAUGGCUGCAUGCUCUGGAAGACGGCCACCGGGCGCUUCAAAGACGUCCUGGUAGUUCUGAUGACAGAUGUUCUCAUCUUCCUUCAGGAGAAGGACCAGAAGUACACCUUCCCCACCCUGGACAAGCCUUCUGUCAUCUCCCUCCAAAGACUGAUUGUGCGAGACAUUGCCAACCAGGAGAAGGGCAUGUUCCUCCUCAGCAACACCCCGCCAGAGAUGUACGAGGUGCACACCGCCUCCCGGGACGAGCGCAACACCUGGAUGAGGCACAUCCAGCAGGCGGUCCAGCUUUGCCCCGACCGGGCCGAUUUCCCACUCGUUGAGACAGAGAACGAGGCCUCUCUGCGGAAGAUGAAAGAUAAGAUACUCCAGUGCGACCGGGAAAUCUCAGAACUCCUGGAGGAUAAAGUGAGGCUCUUCGCGGACAUCCUGGCCCUUCAGAGCUGCAGCGAGGACGGGCCCCUGAGCUGCGUGAACCCUCGCACCCUCUUCCGCACCGAGUCGUCAGACACCCCCCAGGGCGAGAAGCUGAUCCAGGAGGCCGUCAAAGAAGUGGAACUUCUCAAAGAUCUCUUCGUGGGACCCAGCUGGGACCGAGACCAGAACCAUAGCCAGGCUCCCAACGGGUGCUCCAGCCCAAAUUCCACAAAUGGCGAAACCGGAACCAUCAAUGGCUCCCCGGAAUUCAUCAGGCUUGAGUCUGACUCAAAUCAACGGGAUGGGAACGGCAAUCAGCUACAACAGAAAGUACCACAGGAGGAAGUGCUGCAGCGGCUCAGGACUCUGUACUCCCUUCUUCACAACCUGCAGGGCGUUGUGGCGCAUCAGGACUCCCUCCUGGAGCUUCAGCUGCAGGAGGCUGGUGAGCGGCGGGAGAGGCUGAGCCGGACCAACUCGCGCAAGGAAGGCUCCUCCUCCGCCGACAGGCAGGCCAGCGACCUCUCGCUGCUGCAGAAGCAGCACACGCUGCUACAGGAGGAGCUGAGCCGCUGCCGGCAGCUCUGCCAGGAGAAAGUGCAGGAGGCGGCUGCCUUGGAGGUCCGUCUGCGGGAGAGCGAGCAGGAGAGGGCCCGGCAGGAGCAGGAGGCGGAAGAAGCGCGCAGGCAGCUGGUGGCUCUGCGGCAGCCCCUGGAGGCGGCCUGGGGGCGCAAGGGGGCGGAGCCUCGGAGGCGCAGCUUGCCCGCAGGCGACGCUCUGUACCAAAGCUUCACCCCACCUCCGCAGAGCCGAGGAGGCGACCUGCUGUCUCCUGGCAGCCACUCCCUCCACUGGACCUUCGCCGGUUGUCAGCGGGAUGACAUGGCUUACCACGGUGCGCCUGGAAGACUCCAGGAGGGUGACCAGGAUCUGGAGGUGCUCCCCGAGGAAGGAGGAGGAGGGGUUGCCCACCCACAUUCUCCCCCUUCGAGCCCAAGAGAUUUCCUGAGGAUGCAGGACAUCCCGGAGGAGGCUGAGAACACCCAGGAACUGAACGUUGGAGGCGGCGGCUCCUCGGAGAGCUAGAUGGUGUGGCAGGGUGGGGUUAUGUUGGGAUACCUCUGCCCCCAACCAAACUCCAGGUUUCCUCCAAUCAAAGCCAUGCCUGGAACUUCAGGGACUUGGAAAGACCACGCCAAGCUAACUUUGGAGUGGGCUGUGGGCGGGUAAGAGGGGAGGGGGUAGCAGGAAACCAUGCCCUGAGAGUGGGGGUAGGCGCCGGGAACUGGGUCACAGCUCCCCUCUGGGGACCGCCGCUUGAUCUGUGGCCUUGAUCAUUCCUCAUUGAUGGGCGAUGGGGCAGGGGGAGGACCACCUUCUUAUUGCCCCACAGGGUGUCUUUUUCAAUUCAGAUUGGGGGGGGAUGAUGGUCGGGAGAAUCCGGGCGCCAUGAAUAACUGGGAUAUGGCUGAUUCGGAACCCAACCUCACCCCCACCUCCGUGCAGUUGAACUUUAUUUAUUUUGGGAAUGGGUGGAGCCUGCCCCUUCUCCUUACAAAGAAUAAGUUUUAAAUUAUUUUUUUAUUUUGUUUUAUUGCUUCUCCAUGGGUCUCUGUGUGCUGGGCAAGAAGUAGUGUUUUCUGCUUUCCUGGCCAAGCUCUGCAUCUUGAGAAGGGGAAGGAGGAAGGGUCUGUCAGCCCAAGACAGUCCAUAUGAGUCCACAGAAUUCUUACACUGCAUGUGUCCCAGUACCAGGUUUGUGUGCCUGGUGUCCUUGGAGUUGUGGAUUUAACCCCCCCCCCCAAUCAGGAAUCCCCCCCAACCACUUUGAAUCCUGUAUUCCUUUUUUAUCUGGAUAAGACACUUUUACACUGCUCCCCACCCCCCUUCCCAUUCUCUCUCUGUCUCUCUCACACACAGAAAUCUGCUACCAAGACAUUCCUCGCUCCCUGUUACGCACAGUGCAAAGAACAAACUUUCUAAUGCCUCUUUAAAGGAACACUGAACAUUACAAAUUGGCAAACCGGUUGCACAUACACCAGUUGCAGGUGUGUCCCCCCUCCCCCCUCGGUUCAUAGUUGUGGCAGGAAACAAAGUGCUUCAGUAGCAAAUGGUUGCGCCCUGCCAAGGACCUUCCAUUCCAGAGAAUGUUGACCCAAGUGCUUAAAGCAGGGGAACUUCCUUUGGGGAAUACAUCCAGGAGCCCCUGAUUUAUCUUUAUAAUGAUUCAAGCUGCUAAAGCUCAACAAUUCAUCGCUCAGAGACAGGCCUCGGGAAGGCUGGUUAACGCAAUUGCAGUUUGCAGGAGACUUGAGAUACUGCAAACAUCUGACAAUUUGAUACCCUCCAGAUAUUUUGGACUACAAUUCCCAUCAGCCCCACGGUGCACAGGCUGGGAAUUUGUAGCCCAAAACACCCAGAGGGUAUUGCAACCGCAAAUUCUGCAUUACAGUAUUGCGGCCCUUAGCAUUCCAAGCAGAGCCUCUGCUGCUUUGGAAAAUACGUCGACACGCUGCUUCCUACAGGACAGUGAAUGGAACGACUGCUUCUCAGAUUCUAAAUUUUGCCCUAAACUAAAGCUACUCAAAUGAUGAGGACAUUUGGGGAGCACGACACGAUUCCUCCUGGCUGCCCAACCAGGCGUGGCCAUGUUAUCGGAGGGAGAAUUUUCCCCAAUUCAUGGUGUUACCUAUGGUUUGCAGAUAAUGAAGACUGGGCCCUGUUGUAUAUUGGGGGAGGGGCAGUGGAAAUUUUAUUUUUAGCUCAGUCUAGUGACUUCCUUUCUGUACCAAAGCUAGGGAUUUUUUU